AUGUUUAAGACAGUGUUACGGCGGCCGGUAGCCGGUCAAUAUUGCGCAGUCAGUUCCGGAGCCAGGAAAUUUUCUAAAUUUUUUUUCUUCUUUGCAAUUUAGUAAGGACCUAUUUCUCGAGGUUACAAGACAAAUUACGUCACAAAAAGUACACAAGUUUUCUUUUUUUUACCCAAAAAACCUCGCUUGAUUACCGUAAUACGACCGGCCGCCUUGAACAUGCGUGAGAAACGCAAAAUUAUUUCUCACAUUCCAAUAUAUAAUUAUCUUUUUUACUCUCUGACGGCUAUUUUGAGUCUCACGGAAUCACUUCGAACACGGCACUCGCUACUUUAAUCUCCUCUUGGUGCAUUUGUUCGAACAGAAUGUUUCGAAAUAAUUUAACAUACGUUUUCCGAGAGAAUCGAUAAGUUACCAGAACGGUGAGGUACUAAAAGUUCAUGUUGCUUUUUUGAGCUCAUACUUUCACUACAUUAACUACAAAAGCUUCUGAACCUUUCAGUUGAGGUUUUGAAAGGCUCCGCCCCUUUUGUGGAUUACUGUUGCCGACAUGCUUAAUUUUUUUCUCCCUGUUCCCAAUCGAAUGAAACUUUUUUUAAUCAAAAGCCAGGGACGAAAUAAAUGUUUUUUGUGUAAUAACAUUUUUUCGAAAUUUUUUUUUCUGAAAUUUUAUUGUUUUAAACGAAGCGUCAGGUCCUCUUAGUCAGAAAAAAAUGCCCAUAUGUUCCAGUUUCACGUCAUCCAGUUGACCUCCAAAUCGUAGAACGCGUCCAACUCUAAGUUAGCCAAAUCUUCAAAAAUAAUCCAACAGUUUUUCAGAAAAAUAGCUUUUUUUUUUCCAAAGCUUACAAGUCUCACAAAAAAUUGAUAUUCUAUCCCAUUCUUCAAUUUUUUCCUGUUUCUUCUUUGAGAAUGUUCCGAUGAACCUCCAAACUCCUCAUAAUUUCACUUUUUAAGCAAUUUUUUUCUGAAGCUUCUAAAAAAAUUUUAGCAGUCUAUUUAAUUUUUUUCUCGAAAGGAAACUUUUUUUCUGUAGCUUCCAAGCUCCACCGAGAAGCUCGAUAUUUUGUCCCAAAUUUUUUUCGCAUUUUUUUCCCGGAUUCUAUACAAGAUUCUAUACUCUUCUAAGCUCAAAAAAAGUACGAAAAUGUUUGAAAAUUCCUCAAUUGAUUAAAAAACGACAAAAUUUCCGUACUUGUAGGCUCUAUCAACGCGGCUUCAGAGUAUCUCUUCUUAAAUUUUUUUUGUCAGAGAGCCCUUUUUUGAAUAUUCCAAGUACUAUCAAGAAGCUCGAUAUUUCACCCGGUUUUGUCAAUUUUUCCUGGCUCCUAGAUAAUUUCAAUUGGGAAAGUUCACCCUCCAAUCUCCUUAUAUUUUAUCUUUUUUUGGCGAAAAAUAUAAUUUUUUUGCUCGUAUAGCCUUCACUUUUUUUCCAGUUUUUUUCUUGCUCAAAAAAAUAAAUUUCGUCAGAUAAAAAUUCAGGCCAACCUUUCAAACUGCCUUAUUUUAAUUUGUUUUUUUUUUCGGAAGGAAAAUUUUUCCUGUAGCUUCCAAGUUCCACCAAAAAGCUCGAUAUUUUGUCCCAAAUUUUUCGCAGUUUUCCUGCUUCAAAGAUACAUUUUCUAGAAAAUCUUCAGCUAAACCUUCAAUGUACUCCUGUUUUUCUUUGGAAUGAAUUUUUUUUUCUAAAGCUUUAAAUUUCCACCAAGAAGCUGGAAAUUUUGUUUCAAUUUUUUUCUUAUAGAAAGUUCAGCUCAAAAUUCUCCCAAUUUCACCUUUUUAUGAAACUUUCAAGUACUACCAAGAAGUUCGGUACCAUUUUUUUGCAGUAUCUUUUUUAUUUGAGUUUUCUGUCUUCAACCAAAACUUUUUUUUGAGAGGGAGCUUUUUUUCUUGGAGGUUUUGAAAAAAAUUUAUCUCAUUUUUUUUUUUGUUGCAGUUCCUAUUAUUUUUUGCUAAACGCUUUUUCUGAAACUUUUGAGUACUGGAAAAUUUUUAGUGACCACUAUAGUAGUCAAAUUAGUGGCCACUUAAGUGGUUAAAAAAUAGUGGCCACUGUAGGGGUCUGUGUGUUACUACUAGAGCACUAAAAUUUUUAGUGGCCACUUAAGGGGUCAGUGGAUCAACAUAACUGGUCCAAUCUGUUUGUUUUAAAAUUAUCAGUGUUACUGGAAGGAAUACUGGAUGGAUAACUACUGAAGUGGGUCCUUGGCAAGCCACUAAAGUGGCCACUAAACAUUUUCCCAGUAGAACCUUGAUUUUUUUAUUUUUUUUUUAUUUCUGAAGCAGUAUUUUUCCGAAGCUUGUAAGUUCCACCAAGAAGCUUGAUAUUUUGUCUCAAAAAUUUUCGCCGGGCCCCAAAAACAAGCAACGUCGUCUGAGCACGGAAGAAAGACGAAAAACACGGAGGGCCAUGCCCGAGACGAUAAUCCCAUUAUUGCGGUGUGCCCCCCCUGCAGCCUUCGGCUCCAGAAGACGUGGCAAAUCGAUGCGUGGAGCUCUGCGGGAGUCUUCGGGGAGCCCGCCACGCCUUCUCUCUUCAUUCCGCCUUCGCACACAACCGCCCCGACAGACAUGGCCGACGCCGCUGUGAGUUUCUUUUUUCUUUUUCGACUUCUUCGUUAGUUUAAUUAUAGACAAGGGGGACAUGAUGGUUUUUGAGUUUUCGAGGGGGAAUUCGUCUGGAAAUUUUGAAAAUAAAAAAAGAAGAGAUUUUGAUGAAUUUGGCCUUAAAAAGGGGAGAAAAAAAUGAAGAUUUUUUUAAUAUUUUUUUUGGCUUCUUCUCAGAGACAAAAAAAUGACACGUUGGUUUUUAAGGGAAUUUCUGAGAAUUUUUCCUCUGGAAAUAAUUGAGCGAGAGUUUUUGAAUGAUUAUGAAGAAUCUGACCUUAAAAAGGAGUGAAAAAUCAUAAAUUUACUUUUUCUAGACUUCAAGAUGAUUUUUUUUGUCUGAAAAACGAUGAAAAAAGAAAAACGGUUUUUCAAAAAAAUUUUUCAAAUCAUUUGUUCUUUAAAAAAAUGGAUUUUUUUCCAUGUUUCUCUUUAAAAAUUAAUUUUUUUCAACAAGAAUUUCAAAUUUUUUUAGAGGAGAAAGAAAUGGUCUGGAAGCUGAAAUUGGAGCUUUGAAAAAAAUUGUUUUCUCUUUGAAAAAAAUCAAAAAUAAUUUUUUUUCAAUAAAAAGCAAAUGUGCUCCAUGGGGAAAUCAGCAAAAAGUUUUUUUUGAUUAAAUAUAAAUAAUUACGGACUUGAGCGGGAAGAGGCUGAUUUGAAACGACUUUUUUUCGCUCCAUGGACAAAACUACAAACUCUUUUUUUGAAAAAUUUGAUUGAGUACUUCGAAAAAAAGAGAAAAAAAUCGGACUUUUUUUACAAAAUUUUUCCUAUUUUUUUGGCAGUUUCAAAAAAAUCCGACUGAAGAUGACAUGUGUGCUCCAUGGAUAAUAUCGUGAAAAAUUAUCAUUUUCAUGGGUUUGGAUGAAAUUUUCGGAUUUUUUUAUCUGAAAAACGUUUUUUUGAAUAUUUAUAUCCAAGCUUAUUCAAAUUUAUACGAAAAAUCAAAACAUUAAUGAGAUUUAAUUUAAAUUAAAAAAAUAAAUUAAUCGAAGGAAUUUUGAUUUAAUUUCCUUUUUGAAUGAAGAGAAUGCCGAAAAUUAUUAUUUUUUUUCUUCAAAAUUUUCCAAUAAAUAAUUCCAAAAAGUAAUAAUUCAUUGGCUCUCGGCCAAAAAAAUCAAGCAAUAACUCACUUCUUACAACAUUUCUUAUAAGCCUUUUUCCCAGUUGAAAUAUGACUUUUUCGGGGUUCAAAGUGACGUUUUCCCGGGGCGGAAAAAGUCGUUUGUCUGUCUCUUCAUGCCAAUUUUCCGCCCAUUUUGUCUCCCUCUGAAGGAUUCAAAUUUCCGUUGCAAAACCGGUCAUUUCCGAUGAGCUUGGCGAAUCAAUUAGAUGUAGGUUACUGUAGGAUUGGGAUAUGUACUUUUAGAAAAAAAUAAUAAAAAAGUCGUUUUCGAACUUUGAAAGGCGUGGUCACAUCUGUAGAGGGCAGUCUACAUGAAUUUCGCAUCAUAGUUAAAAAAGACCUUGAGCGAAAACCGUUUCAAGUCGGGUGCUUUUUGAAAAACUGCUUUGAGCCAUUUUAAGAGCGGCUAUGAGGUCUCAAAGUCAUAAAAAUUUCGUUUUUGGCAAAAAAAAACUUAUGGUUACACGUAGAUUCUGCAAAGUCAGCUCUUCGAAGUGCGCCGGACCAAAAACGACUUGAGCUCAGACACAUUCAGAAGCACUAGAUCAUUCUCAUCACAACCGCAACGUGUCUACUAGCCAUUCCAAAUGCAGCUGAAUUAAAAAAGCACCAACUAAAGGGACUUUUUUUUUCGAUUAAAGCGUUUCAUUUGGGAGAAAAAAACAGCUUUUUCGGGAAUUCAGGCGCUCUUGCGCGCAAGCCGUUUCAGGUCGGGCGCAUUUUCAAAAACCUUCUUGAGCCAUUCUAAGUGCGGCUAUGAGGUCUCAAAGUCAUAAAAAUGCCGUUUAUGGCAGAAAAAAUUAUGGUUGAAUCAAGAAUCUGCCAUCAAAUAGGGCGCCCGACCAAAAACGGUUUGAGCGCAGACACAUCGAAAGCGUUAGAUAAUUCUCAUCACAACCGCAACACGUCUAGCCAUUCCAAAUGCGGCUAAACUAAAAAAGAAGAAUUUGAGAUGACUUUUUUCCGAUUAAAGCGUUUCGUUUGGGAGAAAAAAACAGCUUUGUGGUAAAUUCAAACCUUAUUGCGCGCAAGUUGUUUCAAGUCGGGCGCUUUUUAAAAAACAGCUUUUCGACCGCGUCGCUUUCAGCCUUUUCAUAAUGUUUAUUUCGGAAAAAGAAAAACAUUGAGAGCUAUGCUGCAAAGAGGUUAUUUUAAGGUGCACCCGACCAAAAACGACUUGAGCUCGAAGGCAUCAGAUAACAUUAGCCAUUUUUUUCUCAUACUUUUAACGCGUCUAGCCAUUCCAAAUGCGGCCUUUUCACUAUUUUCCUUUCAAAACUCGAAAAAUUGAAUUUCGUUUCGCCUCUUCUCAUGGAAAACUACUUCCGCGUCAACUUUGAUGGUAUUCUUUUCGAAAAAAAGAAAAAGGAGAAGCUUUUGGGCGUUGGGUUUCUUGGUCUCCCACCAGCCGACAUGAAGAAUGAGCCACGCAAAGCCAAUCUUUUCUUCUUUUUCGAACGGAAGAACAAAAAAACUUGGGUUCGGAGUUGAAAAUUUGGAAGCUUUCUUGUUCAGUUUUGAAUGUAUAUUUUUUGAAAAAAAUUACUUUUUUUGUGAAGAAAAAAUACGUAUCUUCAAGAAAUUCAACUAAGAACGUUACUUUUUUCCGUUAGAACCGAAAAAAAAUAGAUAGAAAUGAGAAUUUUCAAGCUUGGAAAAAAUCGCCGUCAAAUUAUGGACUUAUGCGCUCUAAUGAUAAUUAAGCUUAAAAUUUGGAUUUUGCCUUUUUCGGAUCGAAAAUUUUGAUUUCAGCACUGUUUCCGAAAGUAGAUUCCCAAGAAUUCUCUAUUUUCCAAGUUUUAUCCAUAGAGCGCAAAUUCACUCAUUUUCACGGCUAUUUUUUCCCCUCAAACAUUGGAAACUUGUAUUUUAUCUUUUUUAAAUCGAAAUCUUCCAUUUUAAAUCUCUUUCCAGAAGUAGGCCCUCCAGAUCGUCAUUUUUCAAGUUUUAUCCAUGGAGCGCAAAUUCUCUCAAGUCCACGGCUAUUUUUUCUCAUCGAGUUUUUACUUCCAAAAACAGUUUUUCGCUUUUUAAAACGAAAAUUCUUUAUGUGAUCUCUAUUUUCAUGAACGAAUCCUCCAGAUUUCUUCAAUUUUCAAAUUUUAUCCAUGGAGCACGAAUUCCUUCAUUUCCACGGCUAUUUUUUCUCCUCAAUUUUACUUUCAAAAACUGUAACUUCGCCUUUUUUGAAUCCAAAUAUUUGAUUACAGCUCAAUUUUCAGUAGUAAUCUCCCAAGAAUCCUCGAUUUCUCGAGUUUUAUCCAUGGAGCGCAAUUUCUGUCAUUUCUAUGGCUCUUUUUUCUCCUCAUUUUUUUUCUUUCAAGAACUGUAUUUUCGCCAUUUUUGAAUCGGAAUUUUUUCCAGGGGUGAAUCCUCCAGAUUUCACUAAUUCUCAAUUUUUAUCCAUGGAGCGCAAAUUCUCUCAUGUCCACGGCUAUUUUUCUCCCAAAAUUAGAAUCGGCCCAAAACGAGGCAUUUCUCUCCUCGCCGCCACUUCAUUUGGCAUCUCCGAAUAAUUGGACCCAACGGAGCAGCGGAUAGAGCAGAGCAAAGAAGAAAAAAAAAAGAGAAGGGGGCACGUAUGUGUCGGGGAAACGCGCAAAUUGCAUCCGCGCAGGCAGAAGCUUCGAGGCUUUUCCUCCUUCUUUUUGCCGUUUCAGGGGUCCUUUGAUCGAAUUUAAGGGGAAAGGGCAAUUUUAGUACAACAGUUCAGUAAAAUUCAGUUCAGAAGAAUUUCAAGCUUUUGACUAUCUUUUUUUUUCAUUUUGAAACAUUCCUGUUCAUUUUUGAGUGGAAAAACGACACAGUUUCGAAAUGUUUAUUAGAAAAUCUUUUUUUGAUCAUUCACAGGCAGAAGCUUCGUGCUUUUGCUCUUUUUUUCUAUUUUUAGGGGCCUUUUUAUCGAUUUUUGGAAGAUAAAAGAACAAUUUUAUGAUAUAUACAAUUUUUUUAAACUUUUUUUAGAUUUCAUAUUUUUGAGGGUUUUCUAAAGCUAGAACCGACUGCUAAAAUUCGAAAAAAUGGAAAAAAUGAAAAAAAGCCUUAUAUGAACUUUCGACACGACUUGAAGCAGUCUGACCUGUCUGCGCUCUCUUUUCUCUCACCUGUGAGGUAAGAGAAAGAAAUAGCAUUUGAAAUUGAGAGAGAGCAGAGAGAUCAGACUUUUUCAAGUAGUGUGGAGAAUUGUUCAAUUAGGAAAGUUUCUGAGCAUUUCUAGGGAUCACUUAAGGGUUCUUACGCCGCUCCGGACUUUUCUGAGCAUUCCUAAGGAUCACUUAAGGGUUCUGAGAUCGCUCGGGACGUUUCUGAGCAUUUCUAGGGAUCACUUAAGGGUGCUUACACUGCUCCGGAAGUUCCCAAGAAAUUCUAGGGAUCACUUAAGGGUUCUGAGAUCGCUUGGGACGUUUCUGAGCAUUUCUAGGGAUCACUUGAGGGUUCUAACAUUGCUCCGGACGUUUCUGGGCGAUUCUAGGGAUCACGUGAGGGUUCUGACGCCGCUACAAACGUUUCUGAGCGAUUCUAGGGAUCACUUAAAGGUUCUGAGAUCGCUCGGGACGUUUUUGAGCAUUUCUAGAGGUCGCUUAAGGGUUUCGAAGCCCCUAAAAGGUGCUUAGAAAUGCUCAGAAACUUCCGUUUUCGUUACGGAGGUCCAAGCACGUUUUUCAUUUAUUUGAAACUUUGAAAAACUUUUAAAAUGAACCGUAGAAUUCAUUAAUUUCAAAACAUGUUCGAAAUGACCUUUUUUCUGGCUUUUCACACCAAAAAAGCUUGCAUUUUUAGCCCCGGCGCGCAGUUGCUUGCAUAAAUUUGCGGGCCACGAGAAAAGGACUUUUUUCCCGCUUUUCAUGUCACUCGAGGAGCAAAUUGCCCACUCGUGCAAAGUUUAUUCGGCGCCUCGUCUUUCGAAAUUUCCAAAUAGGGGAAUAUUUCGAGAUUUUUAGGGAGAAAAGUGGGGAUAUUUGGCUUUUUAUUAGGCUUAUAUAGAUCUUAAGAACACCAGAGUGGCCCCUAUAGGGUUUAGAAAGAAAAAAACAGCCUCUAUGGCCAAUUUGUUGAGCUUUGACUAUGGAAGCAGCCACAGAUUGCUAAAAUCGAAAAUUCCCCAUAGGGGCCACUUUUUCAAGCUUCAGUGGCCCCUAUAGGGGGAGGUAAAGGGAUCCCUAGAAGGAAAAUUUCAAGAGCCUCUGUAGUUGCCCUAUAGGGAUCACUUUGGAGUUCCUAAGGCUUUUAAGAAUAAUAUAAAAUCAUAAAUUUUAUCGCGAUUUUUCUUUUUUUUUUUCAAAAAAACAGUAAUAAAAUCUAUUUUUCUUCACAUUUUCACUCUUCAAGAAGCUUUCAAAUCCAUUAAAAAUCCUCAAAAUUCCCCCAAAACUUCAUCAAAAUGAAAAAAAAAACUCCCGAGUACCCCUCAAAGCCUUUUUUUCGAUUUUUGAAUAGAAAAUGCUCUUUUCCCAUUGUUCGGCUGCUUCAAAAUUGCUCGUCAGAAUCCCAAAAAAUUUUUUUCAAGAAAUUUCGGAAAGGAACAUGACUAUAAUGUUGCUAAAAAAACUUUUAAAAAGAAAAAAAUUUAAAAAAACUUAAUAAUUUUAGUUUGUUUAUGGAGCACACUUGGUCAUAUUUCAUUGAAAUAAGAUUAUUUUAAAGACAAAUAAAUUUUUUUAAAAAUGACCAGAGUACGUGGAAUUCACUAUAAUAUUACAGAAGAACGCCCUCAGCUCGAUUUUCGACAAGACCAAGGACGUUUUGAGCACUGCUGGUGGGUUCAUUUUGAACUACAAUAUUUUUUUUGACUAUUUCAAGCCUUUUUCGAUAAAUUCAUGUUUUAAAAGUGAAUGAUCCGAUUUAACCGAGUGAAAUACAUAUUCUGGUAUUCAAAUAUUGAUUUUAAAAUCGACUUUGAAGACAUUACUGUUUCAAACUUAUAACAAAAAUAGGAAUGCAUUUUCGACUAUAUAUAAGAUGUGCACUGUCGCGUAAAAUGAUAUAGUCCGUUCUUCACGACUUGAACUUCUCUGCGCUCUCCUCGUCUCUCGUUGACCCUCUCAUGUUGACGUGCUAUUUUCACGUUUUUCUAACCUCGCCGGCGAGGGAACAGAGAGACGCAGACAGUCGUGGCGAAAAGACUAAAUGCUCUCCAGGAUCAGAAAUUUCGUGUUCUCAGAAUUAUUUCAAAGUGAAUUCAAUCAUAAACCUUAUGGAAUAAUCAUUUUGAUCUUUCACGAAUCUCAGCAAAAAGUCCAAGAAAAAAACUUUGAAAUAAUUUUUCUAAAAACAAGGUUUUUUUAGCCUUUUCUCCUACAGAUUUUUGUUAGAAUGGGGGUUUUUUUUAGGCCGAAGAAAGUUUCGAAAAAUGCCGUCAAAAAGUGAGAUAGAAAAAGCUCGAAAAAAAUUUUUUUUGGAUUUACUGAAUAAAUUUUAAACACAGCUGAAAAAAAUAGAUACAGUAUUCGCGUCCUUUUUGUGCGCUUUCGCUUCGAGACCCGUCAAAACCUGAAAAAGCAGGGUUUCAGUCGAUUCGGCAAGCUUUUUCGGACAAACUAACCUGAAAUUUCUUAUAGAAGGCCUUAAGAAUUAUUUUGAACUUGAGUUAUCAUGAAAAUUCCAUUUUUCAGCUGAAACAACCAAGGGCUACGCUUCGCAGGCCCAGACGGCCAUCGGAAAAAUCAUCCCCGGCGUUCAACACGAUCAAGAUCCGGUUGGUACCAUUUUUCCAUAUAUUACACCAAAAAAAAUUUUUUUCACUUCUCAGAUCGCACUUUCUGUCGAAUUUUAAGUUCAAAAUGAACCAAAAACGUGAUUUUCGUCUCAAAAAAUAGGAUGUGUGACCUUUGAAGAAAUAUGCGCUUUUCGGGGCUGAAAAUGGCCCGGAGGGCGACACCCGGGCCGGCCUGCGCUCAAGCCUGUUUGAAUUGAAAGCAUACUUAUGAGAAAAACUGAACUAGGAUCUGUUAUAACUGAUACUAUUUCCGUGAAAAAGAAGGUCAAAACGUCAGUUUUUCUAACAAGUUUUUCAUGUUAAACCCAAGUUUUCUCAUUUUUGUUGACCUCUUUUUCUUCUCAGAAAGAAAAUUCCUGAUUCUAGGCCUCAUUUUUGAAGAAUCAUCGAAUUUUCCUCCAAAAAGUGGUCUCAACGCGAAAAACUAGAGAAAUAAAUGAAAAAAAGAGGCUUAAACUUCUCUGAAUUGUUUUCUGCAUUUUUGCAGAAAUUUAUAACUUUUUUGGAUGUGCAGAGAACUGAAAACAUCAUAAUCAUAAAUUCAACGCGACACAGUUUUUGAAGCCCUUUUGAAACUUUAAAGAGUUAAAAAAAAAUGAGAAAAUAGCUGUAGUUGGUCUAAAAAUCCGUGAUAUUUUAAAGGCGCAUGAACAAAUAUUUUGAAGGUCUCGAGUGGAAGAGCCGUUUUCAGGGCCUUAACGAGGAUUUUUUGAUCGAAUUGUACAAAAAUCUGUAAUUGAUGAAGUUGCAAUGAAUUUCGAAACAUGAGAAAUAAUUGGAAAAAAUGAAAAAACCAUUCGAAAUCAACUCGAAAGGAGAAGCGGUAUAGAAAGGCGAAAGCCGCUCCAAGUCGGCGGCAUGAUGAAAUGAGGUUGACGCAUGCCUCGCCGCGGGCAAAACCUUGCUGGUCGGUUCCUCGCGAUCAGGAAGACGGGGGCCGCGUGGCGAGGCCACUCAUUGCACUUUCGAGUCGAGCUGACCUACGGGGCCUUUCUUGAAUAAAGAAACGGCUCACAGCUUAAUUUUUGCGUGUGGGGCCGCGUUCGCGCGGCCCUGGAAGUUGAGACAGUUCAAAAAACUCGGACAUUGGUAUAGCUGAUACACGGCUGGCUUGAGCCAUCGAGAAAAGGGUCCUGCCACGAAAAGAGACGAGACAGUGCCCUGGUUGGUGGAGAGUGCAGACAGGCCACGCCUUUUUGCGUCCCAAGCUAGCCGUGAAUCUUCUAUAACGCCAAAUAGACGUGCUCCGCAGGUUCCUGGGAAUUUCUAGUGACCACUUUAGUAGCGCCAGCACUCUUAAGUGAUACCUGGAACUGCACAGAAACGUCCGUUUCACAUUACCGAGAAAAAUGAGCUUCUGACUUGCCUUCCCACAUGAUUUUGUAAAAUCGGUUAUAGCUGCAUCAAAAAUAUAUUACUAUAUCGCAGAGCGAUAUCGCCUAGGCCAUCGCUGCCAUAUCGCUUCUGCUCAUAAUUUUUAGAUCGAAACAUUUUUUCGCUUUUUUCUUGACUUAUGAUGAAAUGAAACGAAAAAAAGUUUCUUGAAUGAAAAUUUUUCAAAAAGCGCGAGACGUUUGCGAUAUCGCAGCUAGAGUCGCGAUAUCGCGCGCGGUAUAAUUACCCUCUCAAAUAUUCAUUUUUUAUAUGGGUCAAAAUUUGGUCAGCUAAAAGGUGGAAGUUUAUUCAGAAAACCAGGCAUCUCAAAUUUCUUUUUAUUAUCCAAUUAGCACUGGGAAAAUUGAAAAAUCAAAAAAAAAGCAAGUCCACAAGAAAUUCAGUUCAUUCUUUGUUUUGAAAAGAUGAUGAUGAACUUUAAAAAUCAAUUUCAAAUUUAUGAACCUUUAGUGAAUUAAUUAUCGAUUGCUACUUGUUUUAUAAGUUUCUUAAAAGUCAUAAAUCGAAAUGAAAAUUUUUUUCGCUCAGAAAAUGUCUCCCAAUUGAUUUUAUUCUCGACAAAUCAAUAAAUAAUCGAUUUUUCAGAGCGCUACGGUGCCACCGGCCGGCGAGCCCCCACACUCGGUCGGCGGCUCGGCGACGCUUCCGCCCCAGUAAAUUCCAACCCUUCUUCACUUUCCCUUUUUAACUUCUCAAUGUCAUUUUUCUAAAUUUUCUACUUAUUCUCACAUAAUUAUGGUAUUAAUUUUGAUCUUUUUCCCCUCGCCAAACGCAUAAUCUCUCGCUAGACCAACUAACUUCUCUAGUCUCUCCUCAAUUUUUGAAAAGCCAAAAUUCCUUUUUAUCAAUUUCCAAAAGUCUACCUUUCACUAUCGUCUAGUUAUUUUUUUCCAAUCAUUUAUGUUUUUUGAAAAGAACCGUUCAAAUGAAUAAAUGUGUUAGUUGCAACCGAACAAAAAGGGAACUUGGAAUAUUGUUAGUAGUGCGUUGGAGCGUGUUUUUUUCGAUUUGAAAGACGCCUUAAAGGCGUUUCUGAGUUUAGUAGCUUUCCUCAUCGGACCAGAAAGAAAAAUUGGAAAAAAUUAUGACAAGACCACAAGAAAAAAAAAUGCAAAUGAAAAAUGUCCUCAACUGGAACCGAACCCUUGACCCUCCACAUUAUAAUCUGGAUCUUUACCGACUGAAAAAAUAAUUGAAAAUUCAAUAAAGCGUCCGAUAGGUAGUCAAAGAAGACAUGAUAUAACUGUGAGGAGACGAGCAAAAAAAAAUGCAAAUGAAAAAUGUUCUUGACUGGAGUCGAACCGUUGGCCCUCCACAUGGUAACCUGACUCUCUACCGACUGAGCCAAGUUAACAGGAUCAAUGAAAAAUGAACUUUACCGCGAUUUCGUUCAAAAAAUAAAAAGAAAACGAGAUUUUGAGCCAUUUCUCCGAAAUGAAGAAGAAGCCGAAGCUGUUUCCAGCUUCUGGCGAGCUUCCAGACUCUCCGGUCUCUCCUAUCGUACACUCGGUUCGAAAAUUUUGGUUUUCAUGGUAAAAUUGAGUGGUUUUCAGGCUGAAAUCCCAAGUUCCAUUCCAAAAACUCCGAUUUCGAGCACUCCUUUGGUUUUUCAAAAUAAAUUUGGGCUUAAAAAUGUAUAUUUUCAGACUUUUUCGACUUCUAAACCGGUUACCCCGAAUAAAAGACAGGUAUUUCUGUCUUCUACUGGGGGAAUAUUAAGUGGGGACUUUAGGGUUUUGACGUUUUAAAGGCUUUUCAGAAAUUGAGUCAGUGGCCACGUAAGGGUCUCAAAUUCAGUGGCCUUUUGAAGCCUACUGGGCCACUGAAACGGGCUUUUGAAGAGAUUGCUUUAGGGACCACUUUAGAGUCCUCCCUAAGUAGCCCUUGAGGAACUCCUUAAGUGGACACUAAAGGUUUUUUUGACUUGAUUAUCGGAUUUUUAGCGUGUUCACACGCCUGAAACCAUUUCCCCCGCUACCACCCCUUCAGGGACACCUACUAAGGUUUUUCUUGUCAAACUCCUUUUUUAUUGAUUUUUCCAGCCUUCUGAUGGAAAGAUUCCGACCCUUGAGGUAAUUUCGAGAAUUUUCUUCCAAACUUUUUUUUCUAGGAUGAAGAAAAAACUUUCAAGCAGAAGGCUUUUGAAUUAUUCAAAAAAGUCAAGGUUUACGUGGUUAUCGGCCUUUUUCUCUUGCUAUUAUUACUGGCGAUCCUUUUGACGUAGGUUUUUUGAUUUUUCGGCAGUUUUCGAGUGUCUGCGUCUCUCUGUUCCCUCGCCAGACAUGAAAAUAGCGCGUCUACUUGAGAGAUUCGCUGAGAGACGAAGAGGGCGCAGAGAAGCUCAAGUCGCCAAAAAAGGGGUUCUGAGAUUGAUUUUUGAUCCUACGUCCAAAUCUGCAGAAGUUAGAGAGUGUUUGAAAAGGAGAGAGCGAGAGUCUUUUUUUCUCUAAACUCUCUCAUCUCUUUAGAAUGUUUCCACAGACUUUUGACCGGUAUAAGGAAAAAUUUGAAUUUUUUUUCACUCAACGGCGUGUCUGCGUCUCUCUGUUCCCUCGCCGACAAGGUCAGAGAAACAAGAAAAUAGCACGCCAAUUUGAGAGAGUCGCUGAGAGACGAGGAGGGCGCAGAGAAGUUCGAUUCGCGAGAAAUGAACUAUAGAAACAAAUUUAAAACUUCAAAAAACAGAUCAAUUGCGGCCUUGAACACGGAAUCGGAUUAUCACUACUCACAUCACUCACACGAAGAAAGUGUUCAUGAUCAUCAAGAACCGGAAGAUGAUCCGAGUUCUUUUUCGACGACGACCACAAAACCGUUCGUCAAAGUGAAAGGCUACCGACGUUUGAAUGAUACCGUGAUACCGAGUGAGUUUCAAGAAGUAGCAGAAAAUCUAGAAAAGUUUCUGUUUUCCCGCGAAAUUCAAAAAAGCCGUCAGAGAGUGAAAAGGACAACUGAAUUCUGGAGAGUCAGAGAAUUUUGAAUUCGGAAAAUUUUUCCCAAUAAAAACUCUGCCAAUUCAAUUUUAACCGUCUGAGGAACUUCUUAGGGGUCCCUAUAGGGGUUUCUAGUUUGAGGGAUCCCUAUAAGGGUGAAAAUCUUAGAGGCCCCUAUGAAGAGAGCGUAGGGAUCCCAAUGGGGACUCCUCAAAAGUUUCUCAGGAUAGAAAAAUAAAAAAUUCUGUUUCUGCCAACUUUUUCAGAAGAUGGAGAAUCUUGGAACACAAAAAAUCUUUAUGAAAGCUUAAAGGCUGAUUUUCUGAUUUUUGAAUAAUAUCACCAAGUUCACAUAGUAGAAAAAAAUUGCGUCCGACCUUGAGCGGUUUCAAGUCGGUUCUCGACAAUUUUCCGUGAAAAAUAACCUCAAAAUGGCAUUUUUUCAGCCCACUAUAACUUGAAAAUGAAGGUGAUGAUGCCGGGCUACACUACGAUCCAAAAAAAGGUCGUCUUCGAAGGACUCGUCCGGAUUGAAAUGAUCACUAAAGUGGAAACUGACGUCAUCGAGUUGCAUUCGGUCAAUUUGGUACAUCAUCUCGAGAAAAGUCACGUUUUUGUGGUAAGGUUUUAAUUUAGUACGAAAAAAUUUUAAAAAAAUUUCGAAUUUUAGAAUCGCCCCCAUGUCCGAACAAGCUCCCCCAAAUAUUGUUUGGGGGCUAUCUCUAUUGUAGAAACGCCCCCCUUUCCUCAUUUCGCAAUUUACGGUUGUAGGACCCAAAUUUCUUAACAGCUCAAUCAUUUCAAACGAAUAACGCCUCAUUUUUGAAAUCGCCAAAAUAGCUCUGAACACAGCUCAGCCAUGUUUCAAAAAAUUCUCAAAACUAAUAUUUUUCAAAAUUUUCCGAAACGUUCCAUUCUACAAAAAUGAUCCAAUCGAAAAGGUCCAUCAAAAAGAAAUGUUUUCAGAACGGAACUGAAAUUCCAUUCAAGUUCGAUUUCGAAAUAGACCGAGCCGAUCCUCAGGCGACGAUUUUAUUGAAAUUAGAGAAAAAAGUCGAGGCUGGAACGCCAAUAGUGGCUGUUGUGAGUUUUUUUUUUUACAAAAUAUCAAGUUUAUUCAUUAAUAAUGAUAAGAAUAAAAAAAAGAAGAACUUAACACUUUUCUCUUGAGAAUGAUGCUAAAGUUUUCCGAAAAGUUUCGAAACAAAAAACUUAGUUUUCAAGUUUUAUGAUUUAAAAACUAGCAGUAAAAAAAUUUUUCUCUGUUGAUAUUCGCUUCUUAAAAACCUCAGUUUCAGCUCCACUACAGCGGUAAAGCGAAAAAUAUGAACAAAAUACUGAACAAGGGCAAUAACACUCUCGGACCAGUUUUCCUAAUGAAUUUGGCCAAUAAAAAGAGGAGGGACCAGUGAGAAACUACGAGAAAUGUUCAAUUUUCAAGUUUUUUCUUGAAGAUUCGCGUUUUUCACACAAUUUGAACCGACAGCUGCGAGGAGAAUGGUCCCCUGUUUUGACGAACCUCAUUUAAAGGUAUACUUAGAAGAAAAUUUUAUUUUUUUCCAACUGUUCGAAUUUGAGACCAAAAACUGAAAAAAAUGAGCGAAAAUGCAAAGGAUUUCAAAAAAAAUUUAAAGUUUUCCCGUAGAAGGAUUAUUUAUUUACGAAGAAUUCAUAACUUGAAGCCAUUAUACAGAGCAAAAGUAAAAUAUCGAGAAAUUAUUUUGCAAAAAACGUAUGAAAAUCAAAAUCGAACAAAACGAGUUCCAAAUACACACCUAUUGAGAAAAUCUUAUCGCUAAAAUGAAAAUUUGUAAAUUUCAACACGGAUAUUUCAACAAAAACAACAAUAAAAGCCAAAAAUGAUUAAAAUUGAGGAAAAUCUUGGAAAAUAAUCGAGAUUUCAAAAAAUGACGACAACUCUUUGUCUCUAUAGAGCACCUUUGCAGCAAAAAGCGUUAUUUUCAGUUUUUUUCCACAAAUUUUCGUCGGAAUUUCUUCUUUUUAAACUUUUUGUUUAUAGUCACUUUAUAAAUUUUGAAUGUAAAGACCAAAAUGGAAUCUCGAGGGAAGGUUCGAUACCUCUUUUUUUAUUGGCUCUUUAUCCCAUUCUUUCGAGUAUACUCCAUGAAUAUUCGCAAUAUUGGGUGUUGUUUUUUAUUCCUAUUUUGAUGUUUUUAUUUCAGACUACCUGGAAUCUUACCCUCAUCCAUCCUACACAUUUGAGAGCUGUGUCAAAUGCGAAGAUUGCGUAUUCAAAAAAAUGUGAGAAAAAAACCUUUUUUUCAAAUUUUACUGUUUUUCAACUGAAGAAUGGACUAUUAUCACGAACGGUCAACAUUUACCGAAUCGCCGAAAAUUUCUCCGGACCAAUUAAGCGUCGUGGUUUCCAGCUAUGAGAUUUCUAAGGAACAGACAAAAAGAAGGUGUAGAUGUCAGUUUUUUUAAUUCCCGAAAAAAAUAAUCAAAUAUGCAGAUUUCUAUCAUUUUUCAUUGACAAAAAUCGCAGAUUAUGUCAAUUAUUCGGAUUUUUUUGGAAAAAAAUGUAUUGAUGUUCAGGAUUUUUUUCAUCGGUUAUUAUGGAAAUUAUCAUUAUUCAGAGAAAUUUGGUCGGUUUUAUGGUCAAUUCGAAUUUUUUUAUAAUUCUUAAUAAUUUCCAUUUCCCAUUAACCACGAAAGGAAUACGACUCUAUUCUAAAUCAAAAAAAUUAUACAAAAUGGCAUUUUUUUGGUUUUUCGAAACGCCAGCGUGCGACAGUUGCUAAAUCUGCAAGGCGGGCGCGCUGUGUUUUUGGCGCGAAAAAAAUUUUUGUUCAUUUAUUCUGUGAAAAAGCACUUUUUUUGAAAAAGCAUUUGAAGUUUAUAAAUAGAUUCCAUCCAUAGGAAACUUCCAAAAAAAUGGGAAAAAUGCGCGCCAAAAAAAGACGCAGCUACUGCUUUGUGAGUGAAUUAGAAUUUUUUUGCGAUCUCCUGGACAUGUUUUUUUCAAUAAUUUAUAUUUAUUUUGAAAGAGAAAUAUAAUUUAUCUUUCAGAUUUAUAUGGGACCAGGGGGAUUCCAAGUUUCGGCUUUGAAAGUCCAGGUCUUUUUAUCAUGGAGUAGGAUUUAUCUUUUUCCAAAUUUCAAGUUAUAAAUUUCAGAGAAAAAAAGAUUUUUUUGGUCGAUUCCAAAUUCACACCGCCCUCAUAUCGUCGAUCGGCCUAUGGCCGACUUUGCCAGAAAUUUUCGCACGUUGUAAAUUUUUUUUUUCUGAUUAGGAGGAUUAUCAAGGGAAAAUAAUAAUUUUAAUAAUUCGAGGUGAUCGGCCAUGUGGUCACGAUGACGUCCUGGGAAGAUUCCUGGUUCAAAGAGGCUUUUGCCAACUUUUUCGAGGCCCCCUGCUCCACUUUCCUGUUUCAGAACAACCCACACAUUGUGAUUUUAUGAUUUUUUUGAAAAAAAUAAUUGUUUUUUUCCUUGUUAGGCCUACCGUCAAUUGGCAGAAAUGAGCUCCGUUAUGAAAUUAGACCGGAAAAGAUUGCAUCCGAUUGUUUAUAUAAUCAAGAAAUUCAAGGACCUCAGGCGUUAUCACGACGAUUUGAUGGGAAAAAAGGUUUUUUGGGUUUUUACUUGUGCAGAAAUGUUCUAAUAAAAUGUAAAUUCAUCGAAAACAUCCAUAAUUCAGCGCAAAAAUUUGAGAGAAUCGGCCAAAAAAAAAUUUAGAAUCUUGAAAAAAAAACCUGACAAAUGCGCCCCAGCGAACAACCUUUAAGAAAUUUCCAAAAAGCUAUAGUUUUGAGAAAAAUCUUUAAAUUAGCUGUCUUCUUUGAGAAAAAAUGCGCUUUGAUUAACAGAAAAAAAUUUUGAAUUUUGAAAAAACGACCUUACAAAUGCGCUCCAGCGAACAGCUUUUGAAAAAUGUUCAAAAUGGCUGUUUUUUAUCGAAAAAGCUAAGAAUCACCUGAGUUCUGUACCGAAAAAUGCGACGUGAUGCACAAAAAUGUUCAAAUCCUAAUAAUUUUCGUGCAAGUGCGCCCUAGCGAACCGCCUGUCAUUUCAAAAAGUGGGCGUGGCCAAUCCCAUGCCGUUCCAGGAAAAAAGAUAUUUUUUUAGAUUUUAAACGAUGUAAAACUUCGGUAGGUGGAAUGGUGCGCUCUGAGGCGCCUAUUGCAUAAUGCGCCCGACCUGAAACGACUUUCGCGCUUUGGUAUCAAUUAAUCAGGAAAAUGCUAGUCUAGCCGCAACGCGACCCAGCCAUUCCAAAUGCGACCUUUUUUUUGAAUCUGAAAGUUUUUAAAAUAAUUUCUAAUGAAAACCAUCCCGAUUGCGGCUGACCGUCGAAUGGCUCUCUCUGAAGCGGUUGACUGUAAAUUGCACCCGACCUCAAACGGCUUUCGCGACCUGAUAUCAAUUAUCAGAGAAAAACUAGCUCUAGGCUCAUUUCACGCUUCGAGCCAUUCCAAAUGCGACCCGGACAUUCCAAAUUCAACAUAUUCAAAUUUCAGGGCGGCUUGAUCCUGAGCCAAAUUGAGAAAUUGAUCACACCUGCUGUUUUUCAGACAAAAGUCAAGGUUUUUCAUUGGAUUCUACAGAAUGAUUUUGAAGAAACUGCAGGAAUUUGUCGGGAGAUUCGCGAGCAAAACGGUCGAAAGCCAGGAUGUGUACGAUAUUUUCAAGGGUGUACCGGUUUCCGGAUUUUCCAAUGCCGGGAAUAUUGAUUUGAGCGAUUAUAUGGAACAAUGGACGACGCAGGUCGUAGUGAAAAUUGAAUUUCAGAGCAAAGAUAUUUGAAAAAUUCAGUUAAUUAGUAUAAUUUUAAACUAUCAAGUCCUGAAAUUGCGCUCCAACGAACUUCACAUCUGGUUGGGUGGCCACGCCCCUUAUUGAUUAUUUUCAGAAGCUGGAGCUCAUUUUUUACAGUUUAACAAGUUUUUACUUUCAUCCUGUGAGGGCUUUUUCGAAAAAAAAUAAGAAAAGCCUCUUUCUCGAUGGAGCACAUUUGCUUCUGUUUUAAAAUAUUUAAAUCAAAAAAAUGUUUAAGUCGUCACAGUUACGAAAAAAAAAGUCAAAAACGAAUUUGAAUUUCAGAGCAAAAAAACUCAAUAGUUAAAAAUAUAGCUAAAUUGUUAAAUCUUGAAAGUGCGCUCCAGCGAACUCUUCAUAUGGGGUCCCGCCCUCUAUUGAUUAUUUUUACAAGCUGGAGCUCAUUUUUGACAGUUUAGCAAGUUAAACAUGCUCUUGUAUAAUAGUCGAAAGUGGCCACUCAAGUGACUAAAAAUUAGUGGCCUCUUAAGAAGAAUAGGUGCCGCUAGAUCAUUAGAACUACUAUAGUGGCCCCUAAGCCGCAAAUUAGUGGCUUCUAUAGAGGUAGUUUUAGUGGCCACUUUAGUGUCCUCUCCAAGUAGAGGAACCACUUAAGUGACCACUAGAGUUUUUCUCGAAAAUUUUCAAAGAAAAACAUUUUUCUCAAUGGAGCACAUUUGCUUGUGUUUUUGAAUUUUUGAAUAGAUUUUUUUUGAAGGCUCUCUAUCCCAUCGUCACAGUUACCAAAAACGGGAAAGAAUACGAAUUGAGCCAAAACCCAACGGAAGGAAUGGAUAAAUUGCCCGAUCGUUAUAAGAAUCCGAAACAUGGGUGAGAAACUAUAUAGAAAUAUCGAUUUGAAAGUCUUAGGAAAGCCAGAGGGGUCCCUAAGGGGUUGGGAGAACGAAACCACAUAACGAAGUUUUCUUUAUAGAGGUUUAGGGUGGAUAAAAUAAUCCAUUAGAAUGCCCACUAGAGGGGUCACUUUGUCGAGCUUAAGUGGUCCCUUCAGGUAAAGGUGAAGUGGCCCCUAGAAGGGACCUUCAAAGACCCCAAAAACUUCCUCUAUAGAUGCCACUCUGGCGUUCCUAACGUCUGACAUGUCUGCGCCCUCUUUUCUCUCGCGAUGAGGCCAGAGAAACAGGAAAAUAGCACAGGAAGAUGAGAGAGCGCAGAGACAUCAGGAAUAAUUAAUAAAAAAGAAGUUUACAGUUUCAAAUGGGACAUUCCGAUAGUUUAUCAGAAACUGGGAGAAUCGAAACUCUCUUUUGAUUGGUUACGACAAAGUGAGGAUUUUUUUAACUUGAAAAAAAUUUAAAUUCACGAAAUAUCAUUUUAAAAAAAUACUACAAAAAUGAAAAAAAUCCCAAAAAAAUCGAUAAAAAAAGCUGAGUGUACCAAAAAAAUCCCUGGUGGUCUCUCUUUCACAUAAUUAGCGGUUCCUUUAAUCUUCCGAUUUUUUUCAUUGUAAUUUCAGAAUCAUAGAAGAUAUUCUCAAAGUUUUUAUUGAACCAAGAAUUUUUCCCCUUUAAACUGUUAUGCCUUUUAAAAAAAUCAAUUUUUAAACGUUUUUUUCAUGAUUUUUUUCGAAUAAAAAUUUACAAAAAUUCGAGCUUUUUCCGGUUAUUUUUUUCCACUUUUUAGUGACUUUAUGAACUUUGAGGUUUCAUUUUCCUAAUUAUAUUUUUAAAAAUACCUAUUCUCUCACACUUUUUUUCACGAUUUUUUUAGAAUAAUUUUUUUGAAAUUGCAACUUUUUUUCAGAGUUUGAUAUUCUUCAUGAUUUUCUGAAUUAAUAUAUGAAUUUUUCAGCUUUUAUUGUUCAUUUUUGUACUUGAAGAGCUUCUUUUUUGGUUUUUUUGUACCUACCUACUAGACCCCAGGAUUAUCAAAAAGAUGUUUAAUUUUGUUUGAAAUUAAGCUUUGGAAUCAGUUUUUUUUUUACUCGAAAUACUUUUUUUCAAAAUUUAUCGAUUUUUCCUACCAUAUUUCCUACUCAAGUUUUGGAUUUUUUCUCGGUUUUUGGUCAAUUUUUGAAGAUGAGUAAACAAACGAUCUUUUUUCCUCAAUGUCUAUUAAGUAUCCUCUUUGAAACCGUUCUCUUUACCAGAUGCCAACUUGAAAAUUUCCUCCGACAGACCUUUGCUGAUCAACGCCGACGGACAUGGAUACUAUGAAGUCAACCAAACGACGGAAGAUAUUAACGCGAUUUUGAAAAAUUUCACCAACAGUUCAUCGGUUUUUUCUUGAAGCUUCAUGGCUGGUAUCUCUUCGGGUGUACCCGUAUUAGGCCCGUUUUUAAAGCUAUUUCAGCCUCAGUUGGGACAAAACGGGGAGAAAACCAGGCGACUAGAUGACUUACUUAUUUUUAAUUUGAAAACAAGCAAUCGGGCUGAAACAGCUAUCAAAACUUCUAAAGACUGUGCUCAAACGGGUCAAAUACGGGCACACCCGCUUAAGGCCCCUGUCAGCCCGGAGGAUAAAUCUCAAGACUCUUAUUAGGCCCGCCUUUCGAUAGACCAUUUGAGUCUCAGUUGGACUAAAACGGGGAGAAAAACGGGAGCUGGAGGGGCUACUUAUUUUUAAUUCCAAAACAUGCAAUCGUGCUGAAACAGCUACCAAAACUUCUAAAAAACUGUGCUCAAACGGGUCAAAUACGGGCACACCCGCUUAAGGCCCCUGUCCGGAGGAUAAAUCUCAAGACUCUUAUUAGGCCCGCCUUUCGAUAGACUAUUUGAGUCUCAGUUGGGCUAAAACGGGGAGGAAAUCGGGCGCUGGAGGGGCUUGUUAUUAUUAACUCCAAAACAUGCAGUCGUGCUAAAACAGAUACCGAAAAUUCUGAAGACUGUGCUCAAACGGGUCAAAUACGGGCACACCCGCUUAAGGCCCCUGUCCGGAGGAUAAAUCUCAAGACCUUUGUUAGCCCGCGUUUUUUAAAGGUGUUUCAGCCUCAGUUGGGCGAAAACGGGGAAAAAACCGGGCGACUAGAUGACCUACUUGUUUUUAAUUCCAAAACAUGCAAUCGUGCUGAAACAGCUACCAAAACUUCUAAAAAAAAUGUGCUAAACGGGUUUAAUUCGGGCACACCCGGUUAAAGCCCUCGAGGGGAGCUCACUGGAGCCCUUAAGGUUCCCCCUCUAGUGACCACUCUGGCGUUCCUACCUUUUUCCUUUUCCUACUUUUUUUUAAUCUCAAAAAUGCAAAUUCCAAUCAUUUUUCCAGCUGUACUCCGAACCUGCACGUGUCCGUUUCCUUCACAAUUUGAUCCAUUAUCAUCGAAAAAAGAAGUUGGAAACCAAAAAAAUUGCCAACAAUUUCUAUGCUUGGGUCGAUUCUGAAAAGGUUGUUGGAGAAAAAAAAAUAAAAUUCGAAACAAUAUUUUGAGGGCGAUGAGGUGUGCAUGGCGAUGCUUUCUCAUUACGACGAAAUUAUCCAAAUUUUCAAGAGAAAGGACAAAAAUGGGGCGGAGGUUGGUGGGCGUGGCCUGUUUGCAAGUAGCGCGCGCUUUUUAUUUGCAAAGAAUCCGGGGACUUUUUGAACUUUCUUUUUGCUUUUGUUCUUUUAAAGUCAUUAAAAGUUAUAAUUAUGCUUUUCUAGAAAUUUUUUGUGGUAAAUAUCUCUGUUGCUUUCUUAUUUUUUAAUAGAUUAUUUUGUGGAAAACAGAAUGGUUUUGGUUCUUUUUUUAAUUUUUUCAACUUCGAAAUUUUGAAUUUUCGAUUUAGAGCCUCUAUCACAAGAUCAUCGAUAAACAUUACAAAAGAUUUUCCUACCAAAGUUCAUUAAAAGCCAAUUUGAACGAUACCAAUUUUCAUCAAAUGUGAGCAUUUUUCAUCUUUGUCUUACUGUCUGUGCCCUCUGUUUCUCUCACCUUGAGACUUAAUGGAUCCAAUUUUUCACGCUGAUCCUGAAGAAACUGAUGUUCUUAGGAAAAGUUAUGAAACCUCAAAUUUUGAACAAAGUUUCGAAAAAUUAUAGUAUUCUGCAAUGUCUUCAUAAUGUGUACAUUUGAACAAUCAGGCUCUAAAUUUUGCCUGAAGAUAAAAUAUUCCGGUUUUCUUCAUCUUUCAAGUUCAAGAAGCUUUUUUUUUGAACUUUGAAAUAUGAUCAAUUUUACAACUUGCCUUGAACUUAAUGUUUUUGGAAAUGUUUGGGCGUCCUUAACUUUUUUCAAAGACCUCUUUGGCUAUUUCUGAGCCCAGAUUCGAAUUCAGCGCAAAAAACUGUUUUGAGUCUCACUAAGAAGUUUCACUGAAGCGAGACCAGUCCCUCAUGAGAGAACAAGAGGGAGCAGACAUAUCAGAGAAAAAAAAAAUCAUUUUCGAAAAGGAUUAACUUCAGAGAACAUGCCGCGAAAAUAAUGGAAAUUUGCUCCCAAACUGCGAAGUUGGCUUGUUUCGCCGAUCUGGAAAAGCUUUACCAGACGGAAGUUUUAGCGAAAUGCAAAAAGGAUGAGAAAACGAGCAAAUGCAACAAGUUUGUGACAUUUUCUGGUCGCACUUGGAAUGGUUGGACGCGUCGCGGUCGCGUUGCGGUUUCGGUGCUAGUCGGAGAGCUGCGUCCGACUUUGGGCGACUUGUGUGCAGCAUAUCCCUCCCGAGUGUCUGCGUCUCUCUGUUCCCUCACCCGAUAGAACGUGAAAACAGCACGGCAACACGAGAGGGUCCCCGAGAAACGAGGAGGGCGCAGAGAAGUUCGAGUCGAGUAAAUAAACCAUACCGCGACGCGAAACUAAUUCUAUCGCGUCGCGUUAAAGUAACCGCGACGCGUCGAUCAUUUUUUUUAGAAGCGUUUUUUGUAGCUUUAGUCACGGAGUUUUUUUGGCGACGUCCAUAUUUUUUCUGUAAAGUGUAGUGUGUGGUGUGCAUACACUGCGGCGCUCUCGCACACGACGAGUUCAACGUCAUUUUCGCAUAUCUGAAUUUCUGAAAUAAAGUUAUAUUUUUCACUCCUCGGUGGCUAUUUUGAAUUUCGCGGAACUACAAGGCAUGUGUUUUAAAAAAAAUCGCUUUUUUCUUUAAAUGAGAAAUGAAUUCGUCUCAUGACCCAUUUAUGCGCCUAUAAUAUUUCCCGUUGUUUAUAGUCUGUUCAGAUUUUGAAUGUCGAGUGCAAUGACGUCAUUCAAUAACACAGUGUGGAUGGCUCGCUCUCUGAUUGGUUUAUCACACCAUUAGGGGCGGAGCUUGAGCGACGUCUUGACAUUCAAAUUCUAAACAGACGAUACGCGUUUUUCCCAUGGCGUCACAUGGGAACGGCGGAGAUUUUGACCACGCCCCACUAAUUUUUGGUUUUGCAUUUUCUUCCACUAACAAAAACGUCGUGUAGUAUAAUUUAUUACAUACUUUCAAGCUAAAAAUAUUCAAAAAAUGCACUGAAACUCAACUUUUUUUAAAAAGAACAGUUAGAGAAAAAUGAGAAAGAGUAAUUUUUGGGUGGGUCCAUCUGUAGCCAUUCCAAAUGCGGCCAAAACGAGACAUUUUCUUUGAAAUUAUUUUUCAGACUUUCUAUCGUUUAUCGAGAAGCAGUUUAUUGCGUUGGUUUUCGGAAUGAAACUCGAAAACAAAGAAAGGUGUGUUGGGAACUUCAUUGGCGAAAUAUAUCUAGCUUCUCUGCGCCCUCUCACUUCUCCACUACUUAUUUUUUUUAUGUCUCACCUCGCUGGUUAGAGAGAAGAGAGCGCAGAGAAGUUAGAAUGUCUCGAUUUUGAAUGAAAAUAUAAGCUUGAUGGUUGAGUUUUUUUAAAAUUUUUCUAAUAUUGACCUCAAGUUUUUUUCUUCGUUUUUUUGAAGGAAGUUUAUAAUCAUGUCAUUUUUUUACUUUUUUUGCGAAUUUUGACAUAAUAAUUAUCUGAAAUAUAAUUCUGUUCUUAUAUUCUUGAAAUUUAAUAAAAUAAUUCAUAUAAAUACAAGUUUUCAGUCGAAUUCCUGGCUAAAAUCGGAACCUCGCCCCCCCAAGAGAGGUUUUUUUACUGAAGAAAGGGGCUUCUUGUUCGAAAAAGCUUUACCAAAAGGUUGUUGUUGGAUUUAUUCGUGAAUCAAAAAAAGGCCUUUUAAGUGUUUAUUUUUUUUUUUACAAGGUUUGGGAUGAGCUCUUUUUAAUGAUAAUAAGACCACUAGAUGCAGUUUUUGACGCUGAUUCCGAAUCUGAGAAUUAAAAAUGCCGAUGAAGUCUUUGAAAAAAAUUAUGAACUCUGAGAAUAGAAAAAAUAUGUUAUUGAUUGAUUUUUGGAGCAUUUUCAAGGCAAUAUUUGACCUUGAAGCGUUACUAAAUUUUGAAAAUAGAAAAUUUUUUUCCAAGACCUUUUUGGCAGUUUUUGACUUCAUAUUCGGGAUCAGCAUGAAAAGUUACCUAUGGUAUACUGAUUGUAUUGGUGAGAGUAGCUCAACGAUUUUUUUGCGCCCGACCGAAAAACGUUUUUACGCCUUUAGGCGUCCAAAAUCACUGAAGCGAGGUGCUUCAUGUUCAAACGCAACUUUUUGGCCUUUUUUUGCUUAUUUUUUUAUAGAUAAUCAACAGGAAUAAAAAUUAUUAUUUCUCUUCUUAAAAAAACAGAAAAUGGAGAUUUUUUUCUUCAGUUUGGAUGGAUCAGUCGGAACUAGUUCGAAAUUGGAUUUUGCAACAGAAUAUCAUGCUGAUUAUUUUGAUGACGAUUCCGAAGAAGAAUACUGGUAGGAAUCGAUCAAGUAAGUUGUAUAUUUUGGGAAAAAUACCGGAAAAAAAAAAUGAAAAUUUUAUAUUACACUCAUACACAAGUACUGAAUUGAGAAAAAAAAAAUCGAUUAUUUUUCACGUUUGGGAAAAAUAGGCGGACCUUAGAAAUGACUUAGUGGUCUCUGUAGGGAUCAGCGAAAAAUACAGCUUUUAGAAUUGGAAAAACGCUCUCUAUAGGGGCCACUCUGGAGUAUUUAAGUUUUACAGAGAACUUCACGCUUCUGAGGUCUUUUUUUUCAGAAAUUCUGAUUUUUAAGAAGUCUCAGAAGACUAGAAAAUCUCAUUAUGCAGAUAAUGAGAAAAUUGAAUUUCAGAAAAUAAAACGAGGGUCUCCGAAAAUAUCGUCUACUUUUUUCAUUGA